UUCAUAAAGAAGUCGAGAGAGAAGCAGAUACUGCUAUGGCGCUUGUAAGGUCACUCUUACUCGGCUUCUUUUUUCUCAUCGCUUCCUUCUCACAUGCCGGAGGGGUUCCGUCACGUGACAACCCGGCUCGGCUGAAGAGGAGCAGCUUUCCUCCUGGUUUCAUUUUCGGUACUGCCUCUUCCUCUUAUCAGUAUGAAGGGGCAGUUAAGGAAGAUGGUAGAGGCCCAAGCAUUUGGGAUACUUACACUAACGAGCACCCAGAAAAGAUAAAGGACCACAGCAAUGGAGAUGUAGCUGUAGAUUCCUAUCACCGCUAUAAGGAAGAUGUGAAGAUUAUGAAGGACAUGGGAGUGGACGCUUACAGAUUCUCCAUCUCUUGGACGCGGAUAUUGCCACGUGGGAGUCUAAGUGGGGGAGUAAACGAAGAAGGCAUCAGAUACUACAACAACCUCAUCAACGAGAUCCUAUCCAACGGUUUGAAGCCGUUUGUAACUAUCUUUCAUUGGGAUUCUCCCCAAACCCUCCAAGACGAGUAUGGCGGUUUUUUGAGCUCCAAAAUCGUGGCUGAUUUCCACGACUACGCUAAUAUAUGUUUUAAAGAAUUCGGAGAUCGGGUGAAGCAUUGGAUCACCAUAAAUGAGCCAUUAACUUUCAGCACCCAGUAUGGGGUCGGCGUUUUCCCACCCCAUAAUCCAGGGACUGAUCCUUACACCGUCGCCCAUAACCUGUUGUUGUCACAUGCGACAACCGUGAAACUAUACAAGGACACGUAUCAGGUAUCUCAAAAGGGCAAGAUAGGAAUAACACUAAAUUCCAACUGGAUGAUCCCCUACUCUAAAUCUAAGGCCGACCAUUUUGCAGCUCAAAGACUUCUUGAUUUCAAUUUCGGAUGGUUUUUGCAUCCUGUAACAUACGGUAACUAUCCACGUAACAUGAGAUCCAACGCCGGAAAUCGGCUCCCAAAAUUCACUAAAGAGCAAUCUAAGAUGUUGAAAGGAGCGUACGAUUUCAUUGGAAUCAAUUACUAUACAUCGAAUUACGUAAUUGAUCUUCCUCGAUCAAAUAACUCAACCAGCUAUCUUACCGACCAACAUGUUAACACCACAGUGGUGCGUAAUGGAAUUCCGAUCGGCCCUAAGACUGGUGCAUCAUGGUUGUAUGUAUACCCACAAGGCAUACGAGAUCUGUUGGUCUACGUAAAGGAAAAAUACAAACACCCGGUUAUUUACAUUACUGAGAAUGGGGUGGGCGAGCUCAACAACAACACGUUACCGCUCAAGGAAGCAUUACAAGACAAUAUGAGAGUCGACUACCACAAUAAACAUCUCUUUUUCCUUGCAAAAGCCAUCAAGAUGGACGGUGUGGAUGUGAGAGGCUACUUUGCAUGGUCGUUGUUGGAUAACUUUGAAUGGGCAGAUGGCUACACCGUUCGAUUCGGCCUUAAUUACGUGGACUUCAAAGAUGGGUUGAAGAGAUACCCGAAGAAGUCUGCAAUUUGGUUUCGAAACUUCCUCAAAGGGUAGACAUAUUUCUAUCUUCCACAUUGUACUAAGACUAUGUGUGCAACUACUAUAUUGGAAGUUGCCAAACUGUAGUACUUAACGGAUCCGGGUCCAGAUCCGGAUCCGAAUUUCCUAGUAAAAUAAAUUGGCAUUAUAAUGGGCCACAUCAGCAUCCUAUGAUCAA